AUGCAAGACGCCCCCGGUCCCACUCGUCACUCAUCCUCGACACAGGAACAGGAUAUCGCUGCUCAGGGCGCGGAGCGAUCUUCCUAUACGACCGAAAGCACCGAAGCAGGUCCGAGUGAUGCGCCUCCAGGGUCUGGAAAUCCAACACCAGUGAACCCAUCCGUCGGCCAAAGCGGCUCUAUCCGCGAGACCACCGAGAUGUAUCGAUCCUCGACACCUCCAGAGCCAUCCAGCUCGGGCUCCAUCAAAUACACUCGCACUGGCCGUGUCAGUAAGGCGACAAAAGGGCAGCGAGUGCACCAUUGCGUAAGUGCAGCGGAUGUGCUUCUCACGUCGAGGAACACGCUUACACCUUUCGUUUGCUUACAGGACGAGUGUGGAAAGGUAAGCUCGUACCAUGUCCCACCGGUCGCGGUCAAAGCCGUCCUGCGGGAUUCGACACCACCAGCAUGAGAUUUGGACAAGAUAUGCUGGCUCGCAAGUGCUGACGUCGGACAGACCUACACGCGCGCGGAACACCUGAGGUAUGAUUACACAUCAUAUCUCUGCCACGCAUCCACAAGGGAUGACGACUGACGUCUCUCGCAGACGACACCAACAGAAUCACAAGCCGGGCGCCUUUCCUUGUGACGUUGCUGGUUGCAAUCGCUCGUUCCAUCGCGAGGACCUGCUCGUCAGACACAAGGCUCGCCAGUAGGUUCCUUUUACACAAUUGCUCACGCGCCGUACCUGACAGCUGAAAGCAACGAUCCAAACAAUUCACCAAGUCGACGGCAAUCUAUUGGCAGCCUGUAUUCUGUUCCAGAGGGUGGAAGUGCGGCUCCAGAUCCUGCGCCAGACAUCAGCCUGGCAUCCGCCACGGAAUCCGCCGUCGAAUCUGCGCCGCUCAACGAACCCUCCACUCGCGAUGCACGACAGUCCAACGAACCUUCCAGGUACCAGCUUCUUUCCACAAUGUCUCCUUCUUCUCUCUCUUUCUUUCAGUUCUUCAAUCAGCUUUCCUUGUGAGUUUGACAGAGAGACCGAGCUCCGUCGCACGAGCGCCCUUUCGUAUUGCUUAUAUCUCAUCUCACCUCUCCCUUCUCGAUGCCAGGCUCGUCCAUGACUGGAACAGUUUGCAGCUGACUCAAGUGCCGCAGAGCCCCCAAACGACUUCCAAUCCCUCACCACGAAUUGGGGUUGCUCUCGGGCGGCGGUAUUCCGAUCUCGGUCGAGGAUGGACUUGUUCCCUUGACCAACCCCUGGGAUCGGAUUUCUCUAUCACCGGACUCCUCCGAUGACUUCUCCGUGCUUCCCUGCCAACCUCAUUCGUCUCGCGCAAGAUGCCCAUCCGACGCCUCCCUCCUAGGAUACAGUCAGCUGCACAGUGCUUCCCGCUCACCCGUUUUAGCUGGGUCUGCUGCCAUAUACCCCUCGCAAUGGCCGUCGCAGAUGAGUCUUGGUCCGAACUUGAACACUUGCAUAUACAAUAACCCGAACGUUUUUCCUUGCGCGAAUUGUCAGAGCAUAAAUGUCAUGUCUUACGACACUUCAGGUGCAUUGUUUGCUGCCGCUCGGGACUGCAUGGAGAGAGCCGACUUGGACUUACCAGGCACAGCCUCUCUGCGAUCUUCCUCCAGCCAUGGGUUCGAAUUCCUGAAUGUUCCGGAUCACUCUCUUUACCUGGACUCCUACUGGAGUAGGGUGCAUGAAUUAUAUCCCGUUGUCCAUCGGCCAACCUUCAACCCUGAGAGCACUUCACCCCUUCUGCGUGCGGCAAUGAUCGCUCUAGGCGGACAGGCACUGGGCGACAGAACUGCUCUUUCCAACGCACGCGUGCUUCACGAGAAGUGUGUGAAGGUUCUGAAGAAGGUGCGUUUCCCAAGCCCCAUGUCCGAUUGGGAACGAAGAAGCAUAGUCAAAGUGCAACAAACCACAAAGAAGCCUUCAUUCACAUUCCCACCGGGUGCUUGGCCUCAACCUGAAGCUUACAAAUUGCAGCGCACAAUCAACAACAACCACACGUACCGCGUGUGCGACAUGCAGGCUAUCCUCCUCAUCGAAGUCUAUUCCGUCUUCAAGUCGCGCCGCCCGCCCCUUCAAUUCUCCGAUCAGUUUGAGCACACAUACCGGACGCUAUCCCGCGACUACAACACCGUCCUACGGGCAUCAUCAGAACCACCAUCAGAAGACAGCUUUCCGGAUUCGGCCUUCGAAUCUGGUUUGCCGACGAUUAACGCCUUAUGCAGGCAACGCCUCUUGCUUGCAUGUUAUCUGGUUGAGCAACAGUCGAACGCUUUGUUUGGUCGAUCUUCUGCUAUUAACUAUGGGAAAGUCAGCGAGUACUUGCCAUUUCCGAGCCCUCAGAUCAGCUGGGACACGCCUCUUGGACUCGAGCCCGAUGAGGCAGACACUUAUCCCUUUGAUCAAUUAAGGGACGCCCUGGGAUCGGUACAAUACGUCUCCAGCACACCGCAGGAACGCUGUGAUGCGUUCAGGUCUUCGCUGAUGAUCGCCAGCUGUUCGGAUCUGGCCAGUGAUGGGUUCGAUGGCGCUGAUGAUUACCAGCUUCUCCUGUCAACUGAAAAUUCGUCCCGAAUGAGGCUUGCCCACCACACCUCCUUGCUAUGCAGGAAUGCGCCUGUGAGGGAUCUGCUUGCGGUGGCUGGAGAGAGCUGGAUCAUGGCCGAGAAACUAGGGACACAGUCGGAAUUCAGUACAGCGCAGAUUGAGGUGCGACAAUGGGCUUCUGGAAGUUCCUCUCCCCAUGGCCAUUCAAUUCAGCGAGCCGUGGACCAUGCUUUGAGUAUCCUGGCUAUCCAUCAAGAGGUACCUCGGACCGGGCUGCUUUACCAAGAGUGGGCCCUAUAUCUGGCCACCGUUGUGAUCUGGGCAAGAGCAUAUGUUUCACAUGGCGAGGCUCGAGUUGCUGGUCCUAGCUUGUCCGUGGCGGCUCUGGAAUCGAGUAUCUCGUCCAUAAUUUCUGCAGGCCCCGUUGCCGCAAGCGAAUGGCCUGCAGCGUACAACGUCCUUCUCUGGACGAAGGCCAAGAUCGAACAGGCUGAUGUACCACACAAUUGUGGACUUUGCAGCGGGGCGUUGGAUGUACUUGGCAAGCUCGUGGCUAGAGGAGGUGACAACGGAUGGGCUUAG